GAAAUGAAAAAGAUUUUGCCACCAUUACCAUCGUAUUAGUGCAAAUCAAUAGAAAACAGAUCCUUCCAUGGUCAUGUAUCACAUCUUAAAAACAAAGUUUCAAUCGCCUCUCAACCUAUCCCUGUGCUGAACCUCUUUCCUUCCCUUUGUGGUCACAGUUCUCAAACCUGUUAUCCUUGCCAUCUCCUUAUUCUCACCUCAAAUAAUUCCCAACCCACUCCAACUCUGGGUUUUGUGUACUUAAGAUAAAAUGAUUAGGGCAGAAGUGUCAAACUCAUUUUCAUUAGGGGGCCACAUCAGUCUCAUGGUUGCCUUCAAAGGGAAAUAAUUUUAGGACUAUAUAAAUAUAACUACUCCCUAACUGUUAAUGAGUUGAAAUUACAUUAAGCCCUUUGAAGGCAACCACGAGGCUAGUGUGGCCCCUGGUGAAAAUGAGUUUGACACCUCUAAACUAGGGUGUCUAAACCCCAAAAUACCUUAUUCUUACCUUUCCUGACUGCUCAGUAGCUUACGUGACAACAAUUGACCAGACUGUUUUUGAAAUACUUCCUUAUUUCUUGUCAUACCUCUCCUGGUUCUUUCUUUGAUUGCCUAGCUGUUGAGUUUUGUUAGCCGGUGUUUAUGUGACUGCCUGUGUCUUCUCUACCAAAACUUAGUCAUUGAAAUUUCUAUAAUUACUGAGACAUUUUGACUGAAUGAAGUCUUUAUUAGGAAUACCACUGAUUAGAGCUAUACACCUUUAAAACAGCUGAAGUUAACAUUUAAGUGCAAAGAAUAUUAGUAACUAUUGUGUAAUUUUUUUUUCAAAAUUCUAGAUUCUUGCCUAUAUUUCAAAUACGCAUCAUUUUGGACACAAAGGGUACAAUUUCUGCCAUUCUGGAAGAUCAUCCUGUCAACCAGUCACUUGAUAAGAAUUUCUGAAAUUUAUGUUAGUAUCUCAAGAACCAUAUGAAAACAUGGGUUCUCAGCUCAGAGAGAAGACAAUUAAGUUGGAGAAGUAGGACUACUUAAGACAAGUCUAAUGUAAGACUCUACAAGAGUCUAAUAAAUUCGAAAUUGUAAGGUUUGUAGUUUAAGAGCUAAUGGUGUGUAUUGCUCUUGGAGAUGUUACCCUUUUUUCUCUUUGCUUUUCUCCCAUCACCUUGUUCUUUGUUUACUCUGCAUCUUCUACCAGAAUGAGCACCCUAAGCACAGGGCUCUAUCUAAUUCAUCUUUUUAUGUUUCUCAACUGCUGGGGGUUGUCCACCUACUUAGGAAUUCUGGUCCUGUCAGUUAAACACAAGUUUAACACACUGAGCCUUAGUUUCUGAGCUAUUACAAAGGGAUGCUGAUGGUAAUAGCAUUAAUAAUAGUUCUUUUUCAAAUUCUUUGUCAAGGACAUGCCAAAUUAGAUUUUGGUAAUGGCUAUAGUAAUUAGUAGCUUUGAAGUAUGAACUUUGGUAAGUAACUUUUUAAAUCUCUUCUUGUAAAUUUAGCUUAAUGAUGUGACCAUUUUGAAAUAUAAUUAUAUGUGCUAAAGCAGUGGUUCUCAAAGUGUGGUUCUUGGACCCCAGCAUCAACAUCACCUGGAAACUUGUUGAAAUGUGCAUUCUCGGGCCUUAUCCCAGACCUACUGAAUCAGAACCUCUGAGAGUGGAACUGGCAAACUGCUUUAACAAGCCCUCCAGCACAUUCUGAUGAGACAGAAGUUUGAGAACCCCUGAACUAGAGAACCUCAACUUUAUACAGGAUUGGGCAAAAAAUGGCAACAUACUUGCUUAACACUGAAUUCUGUGCAAGAAAGAAAAAAUUUAAUAUAUUCCUUGCCAACAAGUGGUGGAAAAACCCUUGUGGCUGAGAUUUUAAUGCUACAAGAACUGCUUUGCCGGCAGAAAGAUGUUUUAAUGAUCCUACCAUAUGUGGCAAUUGUCCAGGAAAAGAUUUCAGCUUUGUCAAACUUUGGUAUAGAACUGGGUUUCUUUGUUGAAGAAUACGCCGGAAGCAAAGGAAAAUUUCCUCCAAUUAAAAGAAGGGAAAAGAAAUCUCUAUACAUUGCCACUAUUGAAAAAGGACAUGGUCUGAUCAACUCCUUGAUUGAAACUGGAAGGAUUAACAGUCUGGGUCUGGUUGUUGUAGAUGAGUUGCACAUGAUUGCUGAAGGAAGCCGUGGGGCUGUACUGGAAAUGACCCUAGCAAAAAUCAUCUACACUAGCAAAACAACUCAGAUUAUUGGUAUGAGUGCAACAUUGAACAAUGUUGAAGACCUGCAAGAAUUCCUUCAAGCAGACUAUUUCACCAGUCAGUUCAGACCAGUUGAAUUAAAAGAAUAUCUGAAAAUAAAUGAUGCAAUAUAUAAGGUUGACAGUGAAGCUGAGACUGGCAUGACAUUUUCACGUCUCCUUAAUUAUAAGUAUUCUGAUACUCUGAAAAAGAUGGAUCCUGAUCACUUGGUAGCACUGGUGACAGAAGUUAUUCCCAAUUAUUCCUGCUUAGUUUUUUGUCCCACUAAGAAGAACUGUGAAAACGUAGCAGAAAUGAUAUGCAGAUUUUUAAGCAAGGAAUAUCUGAAACACAGGGAAAAAGAAAAACAGGAGAUGAUUAAGAACUUGAAGGAUAUCAGCAGUGGCAACCUGUGUCCUGUUUUAAAGCGCACUAUCCCACUAGGAGUUGCUUAUCACCAUAGUGGUUUAACGAGUGAUGAAAGGAAGCUCUUGGAGGAGGCCUAUUCCACUGGAGUUCUCUGUCUUUUAACCUGCACAUCCACCCUAGCAGCAGGUGUUAACCUACCAGCUCGAAGAGUUAUUUUGAGAGCCCCCUAUGUUGCUAAAGAAUUUUUAAAGAGAAAUCAAUAUAAACAGAUGAUUGGCAGAGCUGGCCGUGCUGGAAUAGAUUCUGUUGGGGAGAGUAUCCUUAUAUUGCAAGAAAACGACAAGCAACAGGUAUUGGAGUUAAUAAGCAGACCACUGGAAAAUUGUUACAGCCAUCUUGUUCAAGAAUUCACCAAGGGAAUCCAAACUUUGUUUCUUUCAUUGAUUGGUUUGAAGAUUGCAACAAAUCUUGGUGAUAUAUAUCACUUUAUGAGUGGUACCUUUUUUGGUGUCCAGCAAAAGUUUUUGCUGAAAGAAAAAAGUCUCUGGGAAAUAACUGUUGAAUCGCUUAGAUACCUGACAGAAAAAGGACUCCUACAAAAAAACACCAUUUUUACAGAAAAAGGACUUACACAAAAAGAUGCUACUUAUAAGUCUGAAGAAUGGUUCCAGUUUAGUUUUCAUAUUACAAAGUUGGGACGAGCUUCUUUUAAAGGAACUAUAGAUUUGGCUUAUUGUGACAUUCUAUACAGAGAUUUGAAGAAAGGUCUUGAAGGCCUUGUGCUUGAAAGCCUUCUUCAUCUAAUUUACCUAACCACUCCCUAUGAUAUGGCUUCGCAGUGUGACCCUGAUUGGAUGAUAUAUUUCAGACAGUUUAACCAGCUCAGUCCAGCAGAACAAAAUGUGGCUGCUCUUAUUGGAGUCUCUGAAAACUAUAUUGGGAAGAAGGCAUCAGGUCAAGCUAUCAAGAAGAAGGUGGACAAGGAUAUUGUGAACAGACUAUACCUGUCUUUUGUUCUUUAUACAUUGCUCAAGGAAACCAGUAUUUGGAGUGUGUCUGAAAAAUUUAAUUUGCCUCGAGGAUAUAUACAAAGUCUCCUCACCGCAGCUGCCACCUUCUCAUCUUGUGUGUUACAUUUCUGUGAGGAACUUGAGGAGUUUUGGGUUUAUAGAGCCCUUCUGGUAGAACUUACCAAGAAGUUGACUUACUGUGUAAGGGCAGAAUUAGUCCCGCUCAUGGAAGUGACUGGAGUUUUAGAGGGUCGAGCAAAACAGUUAUACAAUGCAGGUUAUAAAAGUCUAGCACACUUAGCUAAUGCAGAUCCUGAAGUGCUAAUAAGGACAAUUGAUCACUUAUCAAGACGCCAGGCCAAGCAAAUUGUUUCAUCAGCAAAGAUGCUGUUGCAUGAAAAAGCAGAAGCUUUGCAAGAAGAAGCAGAAGAGCUAUUGAGGUUACCUUCUGAUUUCCCUUCCAUUGAAAAGGCAUGAAGCUGUCUGAUGAGCAUUUUCAAAUAUGAAUUGUUUUUUGUACAUACGUUUUAUUAAAGAUUCCUUAUCAUUUAUAAAUGAAAAAUUUAUUUUAAUUUUACAUUCAGAACUGUGGAUGAUGUUUGAAUAUACCCAUCACCCAUAACUACAGUAACCUUCCCAGUAAUAAUCCAUCUUACUCAAAUCUUAUACAUUAUACAAUAUCUGCUCGAAAAUGAAAUCCAACUUCCUCAACCUUGCUGCAGCCUACCUUUAUAGACAGAUCUUUCAUCAUUUCUUACCCAUUUAUUUCAUCAAACUGGACUAUUUAAAAUUCCAGAAUUUUCCCUGCAGUUUCCAAACCCUUCAUUUCCUAACUUCUUUAUUCUAUUCCAAGUGCAUAGAAAAUUAUCUUUAAAAUGUGCUUACUACUUCAACUGUCAACUAAAAAUGCUCAGGUUCUGUCUCCUGUAUGAAAAAGUUCAAGUUCAUUCUCAUUCCCACCCCAUGCAUGAGUUCUUGCCCUUCUGUAAGUAUUAUGAGCCCCACAUUUAUGCUCAUAUAUUUUUUUUUACUUUUCCAACAAAUAUUUAU